UGUUUUUGCAAACGUACCAGUGUCGGCCAAAUAAAUAUCUGACCGUCAUGGAGUUCGCAGAGCUGAUAAAAACACCCAGAGUGGACGGGGUCGUCCUGCACCGACCCUUCAUGCCCACCGUGGAGGGAACUUUAUGUUUGACUGGUCAUCACCUGAUUCUUUCCUCCAGACAGGACAACACAGAGGAACUGUGGCUGCUUCAUUCAAACAUAGACUCCGUGGAGAAGAGAUUUGUGGGAUCCUUGGGAAGCAUCAUAGUCAAAUGCAAAGACUUGAGGGUGAUCCAGCUUGACAUCCCUGGUAUGGAGGAAUGUCUCAACAUUGCCAGCUCCGUUGAGGCUCUGUCCACACUUGAUUCUGUCUCUCUGAUGUACCCUUUCUUCUACCGGCCCAUGUUUGAAGUCAUAGAGGAUGGGUGGAAUUCAUUUCUUCCGCAGGACACCUUUAAAGAGUUGGAGUCCAUGACAGACGAGUGGAGACUGAGUGAAGUCAACAAGGACUUCAGUGUGUGUCCUUCAUACCCACCUCUAGUGGCAGUGCCCAAACACAUUGAUGAUGACGUUCUGAAAAAAGUUGCCACCUUCCGUCAUGGUGGACGUUUUCCAGUACUUAGUUACUAUCACAAGAAGAAUGGCAUGGUGAUGAUGCGAGCAGGGCAGCCACUGACAGGCACGAACGGGCGACGCUGCAAGGAAGACGAGAAGUUGAUCAAUGCCACUCUGAGGCCGGGGAAACGGGGAUACAUAAUCGAUACGCGCGCUAUCAACGUUGCUCAACAGGCCAAAGCUCGAGGAGGGGGGUUUGAGUCUGAGGGUCAUUAUCCCCAAUGGAGGAGGAUCCACAAAGCCAUUGAAAGGUAUAAUGUCCUCCAGGAAAGUCUGAUUAAGCUGGUGGAGGCCUGUAACGAUCAGUCGCACAGCAUGGACCGCUGGUUAAGCAAGUUAGAGGCGUCCAGUUGGCAAACUCACAUCAAGGAGAUCCUCACCACUGCUUGCCUGGCUGCCCAGUGCAUCGACAGGGAGGGAGCUUCGGUGCUCGUUCAUGGAACAGAAGGGACUGACUCCACCCUGCAGGUGACCUCUUUAGCUCAGAUCAUACUUGAGCCAGUCUGCAGGACCAUCAAAGGCUUCCAGGGCCUAUUGGAGCGAGAGUGGCUCCAGGCAGGUCACCCAUUCCAGCAGCGCUGUGCCCAGUCUGCCUACUCCAACAGCAAGCCUCGACAAGAAGCUCCCGUCUUCCUGCUCUUUUUGGACUGUGUGAUGCAGAUCCUUCGCCAGUUUCCCUGCUCCUUUGAAUUCAAUGAGGCCUUUUUAGUGUUGCUUUUUGAACACACUUACGCCUCUCAGUUUGGUACUUUCCUGGGCAACAGCACAUCCGAAAGAACCAGUCUGUGUCUACGUGAGAAAACUGUUUCUCUUUGGUCGUGGGUGAAUCGGCCACAGGAGCUGGAGCGUCUGACCAAUCCGCUCUAUGAGGCCAACAGUUUGGUGAUCUGGCCCUCUGUGGCUCCUCAGAGUCUGCUGCUGUGGGAAGGAGUGUUCCUUCGCUGGAACCGUUCCUCCAAGUGUUUGGAUGAGGCUUAUGAUGAAAUGGUGCACAUUAUUGAAUACAACAAGGAGCUUCAGACCAAAGUAAACAGCGUGCGCAGACAGCUGGCCCAGCUGGAAACUGAAGAUCCUCUGUUGCAAACAUCAUAAA